AUGGACAGUGACUCACAUUCUCUUCAUCCUGUCAGGUGAGAACGCUGCAGUGCUUCAAAAUUUAAGUUUAUUUAAUUUAGUUUAUUUAAUUUUUAGUGCCAAUCAUCCUUUCUUGCAGCUUAGAGCUAAAUUGAAUUGUGAAGGACGCAGCUCGACCUUAUCGAGUUGUAGGAUUUUUAAGGGCAUCUCUGGUUAAGGGUGUCUCUGGUUAAUGGCGUGUCUGGUUAAGAACGCGCGUCUCUGGUUAACGGCGCCUCUGGUAGCCAUCUUAUGACUCAUGUCUGAUUAUCGAGCACAACUACGGUGGAAGGGUCAGUUGCAGGCUUAUCCCAACCCACCCUGUCAACAUUCCCUGUGAGAGAAAAUCGGAGUACCUGGGGAAAACCAACGACGCCCUGUAGAUGACUCAGCAGCGAGAAUCAAUCCCACGAUCUCAGAGGUGAAAGGUCUUGCUUUGACGGUUGCGCCAUCGUGGAGGUCCUUAAUGUUUUAAUUUUUGUUUUCUUUUGGCACAAAAAUAGUACCUCGUCAGUGGCGCUGCCAAAAUUUUAUGUGUUUUUUUUUGGGGGGGGAGGGACAACUUAGUACUUAGUGAAGUCACAAUUCUAGAGAGUUCGGGGGCGUGCUCCUCCCUUCUCAUUCAACAUUAUGGGCUGAUUUCCAUGACAGAUGUGCUGGCUAAUUGUUACAAUUUUAAGACUGGUUUACUAAUGCAUGCAAACUAUUAUCAUAUAAAUGCUAUUAAAUAUUCACUUAACUAAACUACUUAAUUUAAUAAUUGGGAGGCCGAGGGCGAGGAGAAAAGGUUUUUACAAAACGAGUUGUAAGAUAUCGAAUUUCGAAUAUUUUCUGGUAUUCUAUUCCAUAAUUUAGCCCCACUGUAACUGAAACUUUUUUAAAAAAAUUCUGUCCUGGGCCUUGGAAUAAAAAGCCCAGGAAAAAAAUUAUCUGAAACGGCAUUGCGGAGAAACCUGGAGAAAAAUGUAAAGAUAUUCAUAAAUCACCUUUUAACAGUGUCAAACAUUGAUUUCGGAAGACUUGACAAUUUUCCAUGAUCCUCGAAUUUGAACGAGAGUAAAACUACACUCUUAAAAAUGGGGUGGGGGCGCCACUCUACGUCUAUAUUUCAAUAUAAGCGCAGUUGCGCGAAGUGUUGAUCCAGACACAUCAAGGUCACUACAAUCUGGAGGAAAAAUUAUUGAGACAUCCUAUUCGCAACCCACUUCCCCCCAAAACAAUGUUGUUUUCAUGAUACCAAACCACAGUGUCGGCUGAAACGAUUCACCCAACAUUGUCAAUGGGGGAGGGGGGAAAUAGUAAGAAAAGAUCGAAUUAUAUGAGUGUAGAUGUGUCAAAAUGAAAAAAAAAUGUUUGAAAUACGUAAAGUCUCAUUAUUUUUGCACGUGAUUGUAGGCCUUAAUGACAUUGCGUCAAAUUAGUUGCGUAACAAUGAACGUGCGCGCCAAUUGGCCAUAAUUGAAUUUGAUCCUCCUAGCGCAGACGUACAUUACUACAGAGAGUACAUUAUUUGAAUUUGUUGUCGUUGGUUAGUUUCAAAAAGUGGGACGAGUGAAGAUCAAUAAAUGUUUUUCCACUUCAUUUGUGUUUGCAGGAUGUGGAACCAAAUGUCGGACGAAUGUUGUGCAAGCUAUUUCCGGACGACGAAAAUGUCAAAUUGGGAAGUAAGCGUCGAUCAAGUCGAGAACAAGAGCACAAGAGAGUGGAUCAAGGGUCACCUAGGUUAGAAUUUGCAUCAUUCUGGGUCAUAUCGAGAAGUUCUUAAGGUUUCUGUGUGUUUACGGUAAAGGAGCCUACAUGGGUUUGUUUUCUGUGGUCAUUGAGAGAAAUAUCCUGUUUACAGAGGAGUAUACAAAUAUCCGCUUAUCUUUUAUUUUGAUUAUUCUCGAUUUAGGUUGUUGCAUUUUUACGGCAUGACAUUUGAAAGAAUGAACUAAGAACUAUUAUUCCGUGAAAAUGCUACUACAUAUACGAAGUGGACAUUGCACCACAGGCUUAUUGCGCGACUCACUAGGUCUUCGUAGGGAGAGGGUAAUUGAGCUAGCAGCAAAGAGACAAUCUUACAUACAUUUAUCCAGGGACAGAAAAUAUUGCGGUAUAACGGGUUUUACAAAGCCAGUAGGUGAUCAGUUUGUUUACAGGUAUAGAAUUGAGGAGGAAACCAGCAUUUGAUCAUUUGGCUCUAUCCACCGUACUGGCAGAUUUUAAUAAUUAUUUAAAGAAGCGUUAUAUCUUACUUAAUGGCUGUUUACGUGCUGGGCCGAAUAUAUUACUGGUGUCGCUAGUGAAUGCUGAAUAUUUACGGUAUUUGCGUUGAUAGAAGACUGGUUGACAAUGGUUUAUUUUGGCUAUGGAGAAAAGUAUACAAUGUAAAGUCAGAAAUUGUGGUGGAUGUCUUGUAAAGUUAAAGAUUACGUUGCUUAUUGGUUUUCAAGGAAGCACUUUUAUGUCAUCAAAACUGCCCAACCGCAUUGAUGAAAAAUUCGAUUUUUCAGUGAUUGAAGUUUACAAUCCGACGUUUCGAUAAUAUGUGCGGUUUCAGUAUUGCUCUAGCUCAAUCUUAUGAACUUUUACCCUUAAUGCUAAUCCUAUUUUGCUGCCCGUUAUUGAUGCUUAAAUAAUACGAACUUAUGAACUUAUGUUUUCACAUGCGGUAGGCACUAAUGUCUAUCGAAGAGCGAUAAAAAGAACUGAUAAUUUGCCAUGCAAUUUGAGAACAUUACCGGGUUAAAACGCCUACGAGAAUGUGUCAAGGUAGCAAAGGACAUCAGUGAACUUCUAAUUUUACAAUGAACCUACAUUUCGUAUCUCUUGGUGACGAUCCUCACUAUCCAAGAGGAACGUUCUGGUGAAGAUAUAACCAACCCGGCAUCUGGUAAACGUAUGUUGAUUACACAUUGAAGUCUGGUGAUAUCCUAUUAGCCGUAGAUAUUAAUGACUCAGAUUACUAUCUAUCAGACUUCAAUGUGGUGAUGGGAUUUAACAUAUCCAAAUCAAACCAAAGUGGUGCAUCAUUUGCUUUGGUUAGAAUUUCGAAUAUAGAACCCGUAUUUAAAAUGUUCCAGAUUUUAAGGAAUAUUUUUUGUUUUGAAAUUCAAAUUUGACUACGUACAUUCAUGGGAAGUUUUUAAACUGAGUCGAGUUAUGUAUCUCUGAAAUGGUUAUCUCUGAAAGUGUACUGUACAUUGACUUGAAAACAGUAAUGAACUUACUUAUCUUACAAAAGCUUGCUUGCUUUUCGAAUAGUUACAUUGUUGUACAUCUGAGGCAUGCGCACUUUCGUUCGAUUUGGAUAUGUCGCAUAAUGUUAUAGAAGCUACAAGGCAUAUUAUGCAGUGUUGGGGGUGAUCGCACUGAAAAACAUCGUCAUUCUUCCGAGAAUGUGACGGAAAAUACAACUGGUGAGCCAUUUCAUUAGCUUGUCAUAGUUAAAGAAGCUCUUUAAAAUGCGAAGAUUAAAAACUCUGUGCAAUUAGUAAAAACUAAAACAGUAAAAUACACAACAUUUCACCAUUUUAUCUUUCUGACAAUUAGAUGAUUGAAAUGCAAAAAUUAACUCUGGAAUGAAUAAAUCUGCGGUUAUUUUUUUGCGUUUGUUAUCCUUUGAUUCGUUUGUGCUGGUCACCCUAUACAUGUGUAUAGACCUGUGUCUUAUAUAUAGUUUUUGUUGUGUUGUGUGUUUAUUUCAUACUUGUGAUUUUAGCAGGAGGCGAUCUCGCAGGCAUUCAUCCCCAUCAUCUCACCGCCGCAAAAGAAGACGCCGCGACAGAGGUAGGGGACAUCCACAACAUUUUCCCUUGUUCACAUGUGACAGGGGCGAAGUUAGGGCUAACUGGACGAAACUCGUAAAUCCUGCAAAUUGCAGGAUGAAUUUUUUUGUUUCAUUCGCAUGAUACAUCAGCGAGGUUGUGGUUCGUUCUGCUUCCCGGCAUUUGGUUCCGUUGGGAAAAUGUCUUUGUGGAAUUAACAAACUAAUGUUACAGAAUGUAGUGGGUUUUUUUUUUCAAAACUAACGAGAUGAACGUGAAUGAUGUAAUUUAUUUCCGUGAUACUAACGUAUGUUGCUAUUCUGUUAAAAAUAGAAGGAAGACAUCGUUCAAGAGAACGCUACGAUAGUUUAGGUUUAAUAGAUCCUAGGUACGUAACAUCAGGCAAAUUUGGUACGCAAAUUGCCCACUGCAAUAUUUAUCUACAUUUUUUAAAAGAUGUAAUAUGUUGUUUUUAUUGUCAUUCUGAUCGGAAUGCAUUGUUUCGUACCGAAAUAAAAGUGAAAAGAAACCGUCUUUCAAAAGUGUAAAUAAACAUAGAAGAUGGCAGUUUGCGUACUAAGCUACGAAGGUCUAUUUUCCUAUCGAAUGAUAAUGUUAAUAGAGCUAUAAACUUUACUGUCCAGGUUUACUCAUUCCGAUACUCCUCGAUAGAUUUGCGGUUCUGGUAGUAAACAUUUAUUUCCCUGUUUCACUUCGCCGGACUCACCGAACCUGCAAGUACGUUUGGUUUUUAUCCCAUACACCGAGCCAUACACACAUUUGUAGCUCUUCGCGAUAUAUUCGUCGAUGUUUUGUGAACAUUUUCCCGGCCAAAAAAAUCACUGGGCAAGAAAAUACUUCUUAAUCUACGUCUACAUUACCUUUACUGCAUUUUUUCUUUGGUUUUUCUUCAGUCUCAGUAUGUUAGCCACCGAAAAAAGUUCUUUAAAGUUUAGGUUUAUCGGCUAAAUCUUGUCCGCCAUAUUUGUUAUUGUUAUUGCAACGUAAGCAGUUUAGCGGGUGAGUUCGGGCGAAAAGCAGGUGAGUUCGGCAAAAAGCAGGUGAGCUCGACGACAAGCUCACCUGCUCUAAACCAAUCAGAAAGCCGCUUUUAACACAGGUAUGGGAUAAUACAAUAACCAACUUUAGAUGGAUGGCCUUGCCUAUGUCUACCAGCCUAUAAAUACUAUUACACUGGGGCUCACGCACACGAAGCAUUGCACAACUUGUAGGAAAGUCAAGUAGAUCUCUAGAAAAAUAAGCUUUUUCUUAUUGUGUUAAAUUCAUUAUUUAUUCCAAUUUUUCGUGCUUGCAGGAGUCGUUAUGGCGUUAGAAAGGAGACUUUAAUACAUGGGGUAAGUUUGUCUCGAUACAUUAUGACGUACAGUAUGGCUUAAGGCCCAUGCAGACCGGGUGCGAUUUGGCGACGCGAAUUUUCACUGACAUUUAACUUUAAUAUUUUUCUAUGUUUUUCAAAUAUUCGGAACCACUUAAGCAAUUUUAGGUAUUUGGUCUGCAUAAUUUGUAAAAUUUUCAUCCAUGGACGGUUUUAUUUGUUUUUAAGAACUUAAAAUUUGCGUCGCGUUGUCGAAUCGCGUUCGGUUUUUAUAGGCCUUUAUAGGUCCAUACACACCGGACGCGAUUCGACAACGCGACGCGAUUUAUUAGUUUUUGAAAGUUAAUAAAACAGCCAAUGAGAGCAAAUUUUAAAAGAUAUGGUAGACCAAAUAACUCAAAAUGUUCUAACGCUUCUAAAUAUUUGGAAAAUUUAAACUAGGAUGAAAGUUAUCGUUCAGUGAAAAUCAUAAAAAUCGCGUCGCGUUGUCGAAUCGCGUCCGGUGUGUAUGGACCUUCAACUUUAAGCUGUUGCGAAAAUGCAUCUAGAGCUAUAGAAAUUGGAAUAUAAAUAAUUAUAGUAUUUAUUAUUAGCACGACAAAAUUACUGAUUCAAUGAGAGGAGUACAAUUAUUUCUGCAGUAUACAAUUAAUGAUUUUCCCAAAACAAACAAAAUGGCGGAAAGGUAUUUAAACACAAAUGAAAUUGCCCUAGUGGAACGUAAAGCAAAAGAACUAAAUGAAACUGCGAACAAAAGCACCAAAUUUUGGCUGAAAGUCUUGCAGGCUUUGGCGAGAGAAUAUGAUGUUGGCACCAUAGAUAUCUUAUAUAUACACUAGAUAGCGCAUCUCUUUUAGUAAAAUUGAAGCCAAGAAUAUUCCAGCGGUUACCCCCAUUUGAAUAGACGGCGGCCAUGUUGGAGUUUCCCACUCGCUAGUAAACGCUUAAAAAACAACAAUAACUUUCAUCAUUUGAAUAGUUGAAAAUGUAUUUGGAAUAGGUUUAACUUCAUGUUUAAGUUCCCUGUUUAAGAAAUAGAAAACAUACGAGACUUUUCAUUUCUUGGGAAUAUCCUGAGUCUGCAAUCACGGCUUCAAUUUUUGAAUUGCAGAAUAAUUAGAUGCACUAUCUAGUGUAUAUAAGAUAUCUAUGGUUGACACUGAAAGUUAUCCAAUUUUGUCAUGCUAAUAAUAAACAAGUAAUCGGCAGCUCGUCCAAUUUUGGCAAAAUUCCAAACAUAACAAGUGCGUACUAUUAAUCCCUAAUUAUACGAACAACAUCGCAUGAUUAUACCUAUACUAACUAGAAAUACAUGCAUGCACCAACCCCUCGCCUCGCCCUUUCAUAACAGAGCAACUAUAAUUCCAAACUAUUGUUUCAACAUGUUAUUUCAUGACUGGAAACAACAGUAAUUGCUUUGGUAACAUGAAAAUAAAUAGUUUUAAUUUUGUAAACUACAAAAUUCUUAAAUUCAACAAAAAGGCAGAAGAGUUAAAAUCUUUAACUACAGAAUCAUUGACUUUCAAAUUAUAGAUUUUAGAGUGUAGAUUGUACUGUUAUGCCUUUAUUUGGCGUUCUAUAGGAUUCAUUUUAAUGUAAAAUUAAUUCAUUUUAUUUAAUGCCACUUUAUGUCAGGUAAAACGUUUCAAAACUUUGAUAAUCGGGUUCUGAGGCUAGGGAGCCCAUAAACAGUGUUGUCGACAAACGGCUUGCUCGACAAUACGGUAAAAAUAUAUCGGCUUUAGGCACUAGCUUUUAUGUGAAUUAGAUAUCGGUUAAGUCACGAAACCCACACAAAGCAAGUACGGUAUAGAAUUUUACUGCUGAAAUCGAGACUGAAAUGUUUGUCACUGGAAGUAUGAAAAUACUAUGUUUGUGUAGUGACUACGUUUCUAUGACGUCACGGACAUGAUACGUCACUAGGACAUAGGAGACAUGAGCACGAAAUGUGCUCGGACAAGGGAUCAGUUUUGGAGAUUGUGAGCGAAGUAGUUUGUAUUAAAUAUUAUAGUUAGACAAUAAAAGAUAAAACUCGACAGUUUGUACUCGACAAAAUUCGUGUUUGUUGCCUUUGUUGACACUACUUGACAGCCACAAACCCAUGAAAUUCGCUUGGACCUUGCUUCCCGCAUUUUCAGCAAAAUCCCAAGACGUAGCUGUACACUUUAACAACCGAUACUGCCCACUGGCGUUUCUUUUUCAAGUACUUUUCGUCUCUUCCCUUCAUUUCGCGAGCCUUCCUGCGCUUGUUCAUAUUCAUCUUGCCUCUUUUUAUUCUCACCACUCGGCUUUUUUUAGAAUGUCGUUGUUUUAUUAAGCAUUGGCGAAUCUUUCUUUGCAAAAUUUUGUUCAGUGUGAAAGUAUAAAAUUUUGCAAAAUGACAAUUACCGUAUUUACUCGUGAGCGCCGCCCUCGAAUAAGCGCCGCACUUAUUCACAACGCGGCUCAUAAUCGAAGCACCGUCUAAAAAAUUGUUUGCGAUGCCCAACCGCGGAAAAAAAACACCUUUGGUACGAAGUUGAAUCUUUAACAAGACACGUUUUUCUCCUGCAUUUCAGUGUUUUUAUGAUAUAUUUUGUUGUUAAUAUUUCAUAUUAGCGCUUACAAAUAAAAUACUUUGUGAAGAACGCCGCCCUCGAACAAUUGCCGGCCUCAAAUAAACGCCGCAUCCGCAACACUAAAAAUUUAAAGAGCGCCGCGUCGCUUAAACGAGUAAAUACGGUAAACUUGUGACGUGAUAUAAGAAAAACAGAAUCUUUAUCUUAGCCAAUCACGAGCUUGAUAUGUACCAGUCCACUGUCGGUUUGUACAUGAGCAUAACGACGAAAACCGUCCAACGUCCAUUACAUAAUGGAGGGUGCAUGACUAUGCACUUCGCUAUGUUCUUACAUACCCGGGAAAAAAUAGCCGAACGGAAUUAGUACCCUCGUCCCGAGCUUACUCCCGAAGCGCCGUUGGCUCGGUGACAAAUACAGUAAUAAUAAGUGUUAUAUUUAAUAUGCAAUUAAAGACUAUAAUUUGGAGAACGCAUGCAGACAUUCUCAAAAAUAUUUAAAACUGAAAGUUUUAAAUUUUCGAAAGAUUUAAUUGCAGAAAUAUUUGUGAGCAAACAUCGCCAUUCGCCUCUUUCGUCGGUAUAUUUUGUAAAUUGAUAAAGGGUUCAUAAUUGAAAAGCACACUUCUGUAGAAAUGCAGACAACAAUUUAUUGUUAUAUAUUUAUCUAUUUUAGAGUUACUCUGACUACGUUCGAGAAUUCCAUCGGUCAAGGCAACCUUCAUCCGCCUUUCCACCUUAUGGUCGAGUAAGUAAAUUUUAGUGUACGCAUGAAAAAUACGUUGGAUAAGAAUACGCUAGAGAAACGUUUCCCAGUCGAUCACACAAUUGAGCUAUUUGGUUAUGGACACUCGCGAGUGAGAUUUGAUUCGCGUCCCGGUCCAACAAGAUUUGAUGAGAGUUGACCGGACAUUACGGUCAAACGAGCAAAAACUCCCAAUCGCAUCAACAUUUGAACCAGCUGAAAGUUGAUGAGAGAAAAUAUUGCAAUAGCACAGUAGUUUCUACUUUUAGCUGUUGCUAAGUGGUAGUCGGUAAAAACGUUAACUAAGAAGUACUAGGUUGCCCUAGGAUAUCCUUAACUUCCCAAAACAUAAUUAAAAAUGGCGACCUUAGGAUUGAGCAACUUUUGUCACCAAAAUAACAUUGAGAUGCAACUGUUACGUAGGGAUCGCCAUCAUCCCCAGGACGGUUUCUGAGAUAUUUAUGAACUUUCAAAACGCUGUCGCUUUGUAUGUCCAAGCAACUACCAAAUAUUGUUCGUAGCAGGACCUAUAUCGAAGACGAAGUGAGACCCGUGACAAAGGAAUCGUGCCAUUUCUACUGUUGAUUUUUGCACUUUGAUGACUUAUCACAGAAAAUGCACCUUCUUUAUUCACUUUAUGACUUGCUGUCCACAAUCUGUUUAAAAUGCUUAGUUUUUCCAGUUUUGGUAGAUGGCGGACACUUUUUAACGCCAAUUUCGUAGAUCUCUUAAAAUAUGGGUAUUUUGCCUCUAAAUUGUACACGCGACCCAACAAUCAUCCGCGAGAAAAACAAUCGUUUGUACAGAACUACAUUUAUAAUCGACAUAAACCGUCCCGAAACGAAACAAACGUCGAGCAAUUUUAGACUUUGUACAUCCACUUUCUAAGUCCUUAGUUUUAGUAAAAUUAUCUUAAUGUCUCACUAAAGUUUUUUUUGUUGUCUUGAAUGCUUUGGGUAAAUUUUCUGAAAAAAUAGUUCUAAAAAAUAACAUUUAAUUUGAUAUGGUCCUCGGAUUCCCAUGCAGUCCUCAGAAAUUCCCUAUGAAAUUCCUUAAAAGUUAGUUUCCUCAAAGAAAUUUUAUUGUGGACUUCGUGCUGAUCCUCUUUUGAUCUUCCCAUUUCUGACAAACCUUCCAUAUUACGUCUCACAUAGCCCGCAUGCAGGCCCAAGGGAAGAAUAGUGGGCCUGCAAGCAAGGCCCGGUAUUUUGUAAAACGCCUCUUUUCAUAACACGCCCCAUUCGCGCGUCAAUUGUCAAAAAAGAACCAAUGACAGCAACCCAAAUAGUAACAAACAAACUCGCAUUAAAAUGUUGCGGGGUUUUCUCUGCUUUAAUAUUCAAAAUAGAAACAAUGUGUAAAUGGCUGUGUUUUAACUCCAAAAAACGCAAGCAACGCAGUCAGUAAUUGCCAAAUUUGCAAGUGCUCAUUUUCAACUAAAAUCGGAACAGGCAAAUUAGGACGAAUUUCAACAGAAAACCAGUCUCAAACUUCAAAUCGUGAGGGAAGUCGUGCGACCACAUUAGCAUUAAUGUGUGCUUCGCUGUCGCCAUUGUUAUAAAUAAAUUGUCUCACUUAUCAGAUCGUGUGUGCAAUUCUUGUUGGCGGCCGAAAGUACGAAAUUUAUUUCAGUUAUUUCAUUUGGUAAAGAACUCUACAAAAGAAGAGAGGGUUCAGAGUCCAGAUCGUUUCGUUUCAAACGGCAAUUACCGUCUGGCGUCUUCUGUUUCGCUCUCUCAGCAAAGCCUUGCAAAUCGCAAAGUGUUUCGAAUAGACUUACAUGCAACUGCCUCUAAAUCUUCACUGCGAAAAGCGCUGUUUUCGUCAGUGCAAGAACAGAGUCAACAUCAACGAAAAGAUAAUUUUCUUGAGGAACAUAUAACCACAGUUAACUGUGAUAUAACGUAUCAAGUCUGUUUGAAAUUAAUGAAACUCAAGUAAAGGUUACUAUAGUUUACCCGGCAGUCGUAAUGUUGCUAUUCCAACACUUCACACAAGCAAUCCCCAUUGGCAUAACGGCAAAAACAUCUCUUCCUUCAAGUAAGCAAUAAACAGUCUGUUCUUGUUCCAUUUUUAAUCGAAAAAAGUGAUCAAUUUUCGAAUUUUAAGCUUAUCGAGAGCCUUUGUGGUGAAUCAGUGAUCUAAUUAUAGAACCAUUAACAGCAAACAGCCAAUCAGAAUGCCGCGUUCGUGGGCGAACGCGGAAAGUACAAAAUACCGGGCCUUUCUUGCAGGCCCACUAUUCUUCCCUUGGGCCUGCACGCGGGCUACGUCUCACACUAACAAAACAACUUGAGAUGACCAACGCUUACAUGUGCAGUAGCCCCAGCGACCAACACUUAGCCCCAUACCCAGCUAAAUACGCGGUUAAGUAACUAUGCCAGUAAACUGCAUUUUGCACAACGUAGUUGAGUCAUGUAGAUAGUUAAUUAUUUAGCUGUGGUAACCAUGUUAACUUGAAAUUAAAAUACAACCUGCCCCUGCUGGAUAAUAAGGAAUAUUUGGCCUAGCAACAAGCCAAAAACAUUGAGGAACAAUGGAACAAUUUUUGCAAUCCUACUGAUUUUCUGUUUGAGAUUGACAUGAAAUGUUUAUUGUUCAUAUUAAUAUUGAAGACACUGUAUAAUUUCAAAUUCAGAAUCUAAAUAAUACGGGAUUUCCCACGUUCUGAAUACUUGGUAAUAUUCAUGUUUUUCAUGUUUUUUAUAGAUUGAUCCAUACGCUGUAGUUUAUGCAACAGAUUUCAUGAGACACGAGCGACCACCUAGUUACAGUCGGAGAAGGCGAUAGAAUUGUGAUCAUCUCCAUACGUCACACAAUCAUUUGAUUGUCCCAUUGAUAGUUAUACGAUCGAAUGCUAGACAAAGUCUCACAAACGUUUACUCUACUCGACUAUUUACCGUCCUGCCGUUUUUACGUUCUAUGAAUUAGAUAGGGUAUAGUUGCUCCAGAACUGCCUGUUUAUGUUUAUAUUUGAAAUUUGAAGGCUGAUUUCAAUUCUUGUGAAUCCUAGAGGUGAUAACUUAAAGCAACAUCGUAUUCUUUGGGUACAAUAGAGACUGGACAUUGUGAACGUUUGUGAUGUGUAUUUUAUGAUGUACAGUGAAACUAAGGAUUUUUAUGAUGAUAUACUUAAAGUUAUUGCUGUAAGUUAUUACAGGUCUUAACAAAGAAUUGAGUAAAACAAAUUUACUAUUUUCA